UGUUACCGAUGAAGGAUUGAUAACGGCAUCUUUGGUGCAUGCAGACAUCACAAAAAGAAUCGAGUUACGAUAAUCCCAGAUAAGCUGAUAGGUGUAAUCUGUAUUGAACGAUUCACAGUGAAUUCGGUGAUGUGCAUGAUGCUUCCUAGAACCUGGGUAUAAAAGAGGAAUGCCUUUCACCCCAUCAUAGUUUGUCCCAUUGCACCUUCAACAUGGCGUUGGUCUGGGGUGGAUUCAUAGCUAUCUCAGUAGCAAUCACUGCUAUUUUGUACAGUGAAGUUGCCAGCGACGAUACUAGACCGAUUCCAGUCAGCACCGUGCCUGUGGGGGCAAUCGGCUGGACACAGGAUAGCAUCAGCAGUUGUGUAUACAAUAUCACCCUUCAGAGCCAAGUCGAGAUUCGAGCUGUGGUCAACGCUGCGCUGAAUGAUCCACGAGGCGCCCUUGCCUACAUGAGAGAGCAUUUCCCUGAUCCCAUCCGCGUCUUCGAUUCAGGCGCAAACGGAACCCUUUCCAUCGACAAUCGUCGGCUCGCGAUAUACCGCAUGGUCGUGCCUUCCGGCACCCAGAUCCCAGUCAGGGUGUUGACUCGAGAGCAAGCGGGUCAAGCACUCUUGCGGAAUCCAGAUGCGGCAAACGCCCAAGCCGCGUCCGCUGCCCUGCAUAGACGUUACACCACUCUGGAUGGAGGUUACUCUAUCUUGAUCAGAGGUCCAGAAGGUGCUAGGAUCUCUGAAGGGUGUUUCACGAACUCGCCGUUUAUGGUAUGUCGUUCCAACUUUCUCAUGGAUCGGUUCCGCUGACACUAGUCACGGUGUAGAAGGCAGAUACGCCGUGUUU